CUUCCGCUUUGAGUGGACAAUUUGUUUUGGUUAAUAUGAACUACGCUUUGUCACGCUGAGCGAAGGUUCACCGCGGUACUUUAGCCUACCGGUUAAACGCCAUUGAAUUUCUGACACACUUUGCUACAACUCCUCCCCCGAGGCCUGCUUUUCACCCCCACCUCCUUUUAAGUGCCACCGUCCCUUCUUUUCCUCUAUCGAUCCCAGAAGCUAGCCUGCUAGUUAGCAAAGAAGCUAGCGACUGUCAGACAUAUUACCCAUGUCCUCAGAAGAAGGCUUGAGCUCAACGAUCACAGAUUGGCUUUUUGUUAAUUCCUGGUGGCUUCUCUUGCCGUUCAUCAUGCUGCUUGUGGUUGCUGCCUUCAUCGUUGCAUUUGUGCUGCUGUUAUACAUGAUAUCGCCCCUUAUUAGCCCCAAACCCCUCAAACUGAACGGGGCCCACGUCGUGGUGACUGGAGGCUCAAGCGGAAUUGGGAAAUACAUAGCUAUGGAGUGCUACAGACAAGGAGCUUUCAUUACUUUGGUGGCACGAGAUGAGGCUAAGUUGCUUCAAGCCAAGAAAGAAGUAGAGAAAUUUGCCGUUAAUGACAAACAGGUGGUGCUCUGCAUAUCAGUGGAUGUUUCCAGUGAUUACAGUCAAGUGGAAAGUGUUAUUAAACAGGCUCAAGAGAAGCUGGGUCCAGUUGAUAUGCUUGUGAAUUGUGCUGGAACGUCCUUUUCUGGAAAGUUUGAGGAAGUGGAGGUCGAUCGUUUCAAGAGGUUGAUGGAGGUGAACUACCUGGGCAGCGUCUAUCCAACACGUGCUGUCAUAACCACCAUGAAGGAGAGAAGAAUGGGUCGCAUCAUGUUUGUUUCGUCCCAGGCUGGCCAGAUAGGACUUUUUGGCUACACGGCUUACUCCCCGUCCAAGUUUGCCCUGCGCGGUUUAGCCGAGUCGCUGCAAAUGGAGAUAAAGCCCUACAAUAUCUACGUAACAGUGGCCUACCCACCAGACACAGACACCCCAGGACUGGCAGAGGAAAACAAGACAAAGCCUCUGGAAACCAGAUUAAUUUCUGAAACCUCGGGAGUAUGUCAGCCAGACCAAGUGGCCAAGAUAGUUGUUCGGGAUGCAGUGCAGGGGAACUUUAACAGCUCUGUGGGUCCAGAUGGGUACAUGCUGUCAGCACUCACCUGUGGGAUGUCACCUGUCACCUCCAUCACAGAGGGUCUCCAGCAGAUCGUUACCAUGGGCCUGUUCCGCACCAUCGCACUAUUCUACCUGGGAAGUUUUGACAGCAUUGUGCGCCGCUGCAUGAUUCAGAGGGAGCAGUCCAAGGCAGCCGACAAGCGAGAGUAACCCCCUUCCAACGAGCGUAGGUGGCCAGAAGGCCCAAAUAGUAGGACAGCAGCUCCGCUAUCCACUUUCUUGUGUCCCCGCCACCCGUGACAUUUCAGUUUUAAACGUGCACACGCUUUUUGUCAUGGGAGCAGCCUUACUUUCAGCGACCUACAGGCGUGUUUAUUUGUAAUGGAGGGAGGUGAGUAGGCUUCCCCGCCUCCACUCGCACAGAAAAAGCAAUAUCCUGUCCGACUGGUUGUGCCAAAUAUGGCCUGCAAUUCCCUCCUACAGGAGCUGAAGUCAAAACAAGAUUGGUGAGUGAGUCACCUUUUUGUCCUCAUGUUGCAUGCAUCCAAAAACAUACUGACAACUUAUUAUAAAUGUAUAGUUUCACCGAAUAGGAAAAGAUUUUUCUAGCAAGCUUUUGCUACCAUGAAGUCUUUGCAGGCAAAGAUCACUCCUAAUACCUUGGUUUUGUUUCCCUUGUGUGUGCAGAUCCUCUGUAGUGUAAUUAUGUUUUAUUAUUAAUACAAAUGUAAUCUCAGUAAGAAAGGAGGGUCUUUAAACCAUGUUACCACCAGACAGUUCAGUUCUUUGCCAUGAUACAUAUUAGCUGGUCUGGCUUGUGUUUUCACUGGAGAUCAUGUAUUUAAAAAAAAUGUGGCCAGUAAUCACACUGCAGUGUGUCUAGCGCCACCCUUUUGAUACCAAACUGCUGCAGUUGCUAACCCAUCGGUAGGGUACCAAACAGUGACAUGGUUGCUAUUAUUGCUUUUUAAUUGCAAAAAUGACAUUCCAUAACAAAUGUUAAUAAACGCUUAGUACCAUACCACUGCUGUUGCUACCCUAACACAAGGGUACCAAAAAGUGGUAUGGUUGUUUUUUAAUUGUAAAAAUUACAUUACCACACAUACUUAACUGCUUAGUGGAAAAAGAACCUUUAGGUGUUCCCGUGUGUGCUACGACUGAGCCAGCCCUCGGAAAGAGAAAAGCCAUUUACCGUCUUUGGACUAUUUCUAUAACGUCCCACUUUAUUUAUAACAAGGUACUAUUAUUUCAAGCCGUCGUGUGACUGGAAGCUCAGGUGACUGUUACAGAUCACCUCUCAAGUAUACAUUUUUUGCUUAUUCUUUCUUCAUGAGGAGGAGUAAAUGCAGUUUUAUGUGUCAUUGCACAUAUCCCGCCACGCCGGUGUUGGUCAGUGUUGUGGGUGACCUAAAUCAGGGCAGAGACUCGCUGGUUCGAGUAAUGCCCGAGCAGGUCCAGUGAGGGCGCCAGAGGUCUGUUUUACAUGCAGGCAAAAGAGCACAAAAAAGUGCACAAAGGAGCCUCUAUUUCCAUGUCCUGUCAAGCACAGGUGACAGAGACAUUAUUCCCUCUGAAAUCCUGUCAAAGCUUUGGAAAAUAGUGUUUACCUUAAAAAAAAAAAAGUUCAAUAUUAAAUUUUGUGAGUCCUAUGAGCGGAGAGAAUGUACUUUUCAUACAAAUCUGAACAUAGGAAUAUUAUUUUGAAGUUUGAUAUUUGAAUGCCAAAAUGUGUUAAGACAAUUCUAUGUGAGAUUUUUGCAGUCGCCAUGUGGCGACCUGUUCUAAGCCUUAAGACGUGACUACUGAUCAAGGACAGGAGAGUGUAGCCUGACACGUGUGUGUAGUUUACCGCUUAUAUCAGCUUUUCAGUGUAAAAUGCCAACUUUUGUUUUGUCUGUGUGACUAGUUUGUCGAUAACAAAAAAGAGACGCCUUAAAAGAAGCCAAAAAAUGAGAGUGAGAAACCGUGACUCAUGUUUGAUGAUGCGCUCAUUUGAUUUUGGCUUAAAGGCAUGCAGAGCUUCUCUCACAUGUUGCUUUCAAACGAUCUCUUGUUGUCUCCAUGUAGCGACUCUAUAGUUAAUAGAACAUGUAGCCUGUUGUUUUAACACUGUUAAGCUAUGCAAAGCAGACCCUGUGCUUACAAUGUGUUUGAGCAUUUACAGUCAGGAUCAGAGUCUGAUAACAGGUUAGUUGCCAUCAUUAGAUCAUCUUUUAUUUUGAAGCAUUUAUUUUUACUUCCUGUCAAAACUUUUACCCACUUUCACCUUGUGUGCCAUGGAAAGCAAACUGUCAGAAGUAUGGAACAUACUGUAUGUCUUGUCUUAUUUCUGACACAAAUUGAAUAAAUACAUGUGAGGAAAUCUGAA